GGCAUUUACACCUUGCAAGCAUUUCGUCGAGUCAAGAAGAAUACUAGAAGCAGAAAUAGCUCCUAGAACACGGGAUAUUGUGUGUGUGAAUCCACUGAAAUCCGAUUUAACUUGAAGUAGGUUCCGGAAUAGGACCAGCAGAAAACAAAAAAAAAAAAUAAUAAUAGAAAUCCGGCUGACAUUAACAUAAUUACAUCAAUCUAAGGAUAAAUUAUAUUUAAUUAAUCCGAAAGUGAUAGACAUAGAAAAGAUUGGAGUACUACUAGAGUGUUUGAUAAGAACGAGGUUGAAGUGAUUUUUGACUUGCUUAACUUGAUAGUUUUAAAUUUGAAGUUGGAGAUGUCAGAUUUUAAUUCGGAAUCCCAUCUAGAUACACCAAUGAGUGAUGAAACGCUAAAACAGAGCCAGAAGAAGAAGAAAAGAACAUUGGGAUCGUUUCCUUGUCCGGAUUGUGAUAAGGUUUUCAGUCGAUCGGACCAUUUAUCUCGACAUCAUCUUAAUCAUCAACCAAAAGAAGUUUUCGAAUGUGAUUUUAUCUUGGAAGAAGACAAUGGGAUAAGGAAGAAGUGUGGUAAAAGAUUCGUUAGAAAAGAUUUGAAAGAACGUCAUGCAAGACGACAUUUAGAGUUGAUGAAAUUAGAAGUCAACUUGAAGAAAAGGAAACCUUCGAGUGAUCAAAUAGAUAAGUCAAAACAAGAUGGUUCAAGGAAGAAAAGUAUAGGCAAACCAGCAUGUUCGAGUGAUUUAUCCCAAAUACCCUUGCCAAUCUCGUCAAAUAGCUCACCGCUUCAAAUAUCAAAUUUGAUUCACACUCGUCCAAAUGAUGCCCUAGAAACACCGGGGCAAUUUCCUUUACCAAUAAAUAAUUCCUUUGGUACUAGUCCAACAGUAAAUAAUUCAUUGGUUACGCAAAAACCGCCUCAUCCUCAGGCUCAACCUCAAUCCGGUUAUUCUACUAUCCCAAUUCCAAAUAACAUUGUUGAACCAAGUAUACCCAAUGAUUUUUCAGUUCAUCAAUCACACCUAGACCGCCCCCAUUUACCGGGCUUCGAUACCAAUCAUCCACAGUCUCAAGUAGAUGUUCUAUCUUGGCUUUUCAAUGAUAAUGCCCAAAAUUAUUCAAACCAAGUUGAUAGAACCCCCAAUGUCGAUCAAAACAUCCUACAACCAUUGACAAAUGCAUCAAUUAAUGUGAAAAAUCCAAAUGAAUUCCCAUCACCUUUUGAUUCUUCGCAAAUAUCUCCGAAUCCAAACGAUCGUGUAUCGAUCUUACCAUCACAACCGAAUAGUAAUUGGAAUUCAAUACAAGAUCCAAACUCGAAUCCCUUAACCCCAUUCUAUCACCCAGCAAGCCAAUAUAAUUCUUAUUUCCAAAAUUUAAAUAAUCUUGACAUUCAAGAUAUGAAUUUCAUUCCAAAUUCAACUAAUCCUUUGGAAGAAAUAUUUUUAAGAAAGAAUAAUGAAAAAUAUAAUUCAAAAGCUCUCAAUGGCUUAGCCAAUAAUAACAAUUUCCAAUUUUCAUCCAUGGAGUCUAGUUCCCCAACUAAUACUAAUGACUCUUUAACGUCUCGUUCGGGAUCAGAUAUAAACUUAACUCCUGAAACUUAUGAAAUAAAUUUUAAUCAAAAUAACUUAAUGAAGGUAAUUCAAGAACAUGGAUUACAUUCUAAUGUCUCUAAAAAAAAAUGCAUUUUCAUUGAUAGCUUAUUAGUAAAUUCACUUAUAAAAUCAAUUCCUUCAUUAAAUCGAAAACAAAUCGAAGACUGUUUCGUUCUCAUUGAUGAUAAUUGUUCUUUGGAGAAUCGUUUUUCAUUCUACUUAUCAAAAUAUUGGAAGUAUUUCCAUCCCCAGUUUAGUAUCUUGCAUAAACCUUCCUUUGAUACUAAACUUUCUCAACCAUUAUUAUUAUUGGCAAUGAUUAUAAUUGGUGCAAAUUACUGUGCUCCAAUACCAACAAUACUCAAUGGUAAAUUGAAAAAAGAUUCUUAUUUGAAGUUUUGUGAUUUGAUUGCUGAACCUUUAAGAUUUAUGAUUUUCCAACAUAAGGAUUUUAAAACUCCAACUAAAUUAUGGGUCUUACAAACUUUGAAUCUUUUAGAGUGGUCAGAGAAAAACUUUUUACUGAGAGAGAUGCACGAGAGAGCUCAUAUUCAUCAUGGUACCACUGUUCAAUUAUUAAGAAGAUCUCCUUUAUUAGGUGGGAACCCUACUCAUCAUAAUAAACAGGUAACUCAAAGUAAUACAUCUACGAGUACUGGUGGUGAAGAGUCUUCUGACAUAAAUACCGACUUGAAUACCGUCAAAGUUAAUGAUCAACACGAUGUGAAUCUUUUCAAUGAAUGGGUUGAAUCAGAAUCAAUGAAAAGAAUUACUUUCAUGACGUUUUAUUUGGACAUUAUUGACUAUAUUAAAUUUCGUCAUAACCCUCAGAUGACAUUUUAUCAAUUACAAUUAUUAAAUUUACCAUGUAAUGAUAAUCAGUUAUGGGAAUCACAAGAAUUAAAUGGUUCCUUUAGAAAAAUAGUAAAAAGACAGAAAAAAUUACAAUCCCAAAUCGAUACGCUUCAUCGUGAUAAUCAUCAUUUUCAUAAAAAUGAAAGUGGUAAGAUGAGUAUGGGGAUUAAAUUUAUCAAUGCAUUAAAAGAUAUUUUAAAACCAGCCGAAGAAAUAAAAGGUUUAACCAGUACUCAUUCAAUUUUUUCAAGGAAAAUUUUAUUUGCUGGGUUAAUAUCGAUUAUGUAUCAAAUGCAGCAAACUGAUCUUCAAAAUAAUUCAUCUUUAUUAACAACGAAUGGGAUAGUAUCAAACAGGAAAAAUCAAGUAUGGAAAGAGAUUUUAUCAAAGGCCUUUGACAAUUGGACAAUACAAUCCAAUUGUUAUGGAGGCGUAAAACUGCCCGAACCGCUAGUGUUCCAACAUAAACCUUUCCAAUGUAAAUUUCCAAUGUAUCACCUUACACAAAUAAUCGGGAUGGCAGAUAUUAACCAUUAUGAUAUUGCGAUUUUCGGCGGAUCUCCUGCUAACCAGAGUGUUGGUGUAACCAAGAAGGAUCGCCUGAUUGUUCGUAGAAAAUUGAACAGUAUGUGGUCAAGGAAUUUACAAAUGAAUAAGUUGUCAAUAAAUGACAUAAUAAACUUAAAGAGUGUUGUUCAUUGUUACUUGUUGUUAUGGGAAUUAAUGUUAAAACCAAAUAAUGACUUAAAUCCUGAUGAUAAAACCCACAGUAUAUUCAUAGAUUGGUCAGUUGAAAAUGACUAUUUUGAUAGCAUGUAUGCAAUUGGGAUAGCAACCAUGGUUUUAUGGUGUUAUGUUUAUUCAACUUAUGGAAUAGAAUCACAUAGAUUUAAUGAAAUUGAAAAUUUAGGUAAACAUAUUCGAGAUUAUUCAAAGAUGUCAGAAUAUAGUGCCGAAGGUGGUUACCAAUAUCUUCUUAGAAUAAGGCAGGAAUUUUAUACUAAUUUGAGAAAGAAUAAUCUACAUAAGGAAUUUAAUAUUCAUCCUUUCAAUCUUGAAAGUAAAAAGCAUACACCGCAUGAAAUAUUGGUUAAACAUUGUGAAUUAUUACCACAACUUUCAAAUAAGCAACAUAUAAGUGGACUUUGUUUCUUAGUGGGGUCCAAAUUACUUAGUAGUCAGUGGUUAAUUCUUAGAGAGAGUGCUAGGCUUAUUCUCAAUUGUGCAUUGAUCUCUAUUGGUAAACCGGAUAUAGUUUGUGAAGAUUUAUUUGAUAGUAAUUUAUCCGAAUAA